AUGGACAACCUGUCUGACUCAUUUAAGGGGGAUAUAGAUUCUAUUACCUCAACAGAUUCUUUACAGUUAAUUACUGAUGAAUUUCGUAUUAGGCAUUUAUCAACACCUGAUGUUUCUAAUACAGAAUUAUCAAAACGAGUUGCAUUGUUGGAAUUAGAAAAUGAACGACUUAGAGUGGAUAUGGAAAAUUUACAUAUAGAACUUAAUGCUAGAAUUGCAGCAAAUGAAUGUCUUAAAGGAAAAAUUACAGAGUUAUAUGUAGAAAUGCAAGUAGUGCUUCAGGAAAAGCAAAAAUUACAGAAUAUUCUAACUGAUACAAAUAAUCGUUUAGAAUCAGCUGAAACAUCUGCAAGAUGGUAUCAAUCUCAAAUGCAUGGCUUGCAGGCAAGCAAAAAAACUUUACAAUUAGAGAUUAACACUUAUCAAGGAAUAUUGCAGCAAAGGCAACAAGCUAUAGUAAACAUAAAUGCAAGGUAUAAGCAAUUAAACGUAGAUUACACUGAGCUUCUUAAAAAACAUCAAAAAGAAAAACAAGAUUUGGAAUAUGAAGUGCGGAGCUUCAAGAUACAAAAUCAUUCAAAUAAUAUCAAGGAAACUAUAGAUAACAAUGCAUUGUGUACUCCUCCAGAUAUAUCUACAAAGUUAGAGUUGACAGAGGAUGAACUACGAGAUACAAAAGCAGUAUUAAAGACUGUAGAAAAACGUCUUUUAGGUAAUGAAGUAUCUAAAAUGUUGAUGGAAAAUGCUUUGAGUAAACAGCGUAUAUUAAUUACAACUAUGAAAGAAAAUAUACAAAAAUGUGAAACCGAUAAAAAUCAAACUGCUGACACAUUACGUAAGACUGAAUUUGAAAUUCAAAAGUUGAAAUCUGAAAAUGAUGCAUUGCAGACUACUCUACUUUCUUCCAAACAGGAACAAAGUCAGAUAGAAGAUGCAAUCUUCCAGGUACGAUUCCAAUUAACAAAAAUGAUUACACAGUAUAAGCUUCUAAAAUCGAAAAAUGUAGAUGCAGAAGUAAAAUUGAAUUCAAUGCAAGAUGUAAUAGAAGAAAAUAAGCGCUUAAAAGCAUUAUCAUAUGAAGCCAAUAGUGCGCUUAUUAGGAAACUUCGUCAGGAAAAACGUAAAGUUAAAAGUUUGGAAAAUAAAUUAUAUGGUGUAGAAAUAAAUGAACAAUUAGAUAAUAUGAAAACUAAAACAGAACUUUCUUUACACGAGUGUCUAAAACAGGUUCUACUGAGAAAUAAAGAUUUAAAAGACCAAUUGAAGGCAUUGACAAAAACUUCAGAAGAAAGUAUUGACGAAGGAUAUGGUGAUAGUAGCAUAGUUAGUUCUAUUUUUCUAGACAUUCCAUCCCCAAGUUCCAUUAAUCCAGUAUUAUUAAAUACAGCUUCUAGUGUUCUCUUAAAAAGUAAAGAUUUUUGUAAACCUUUGCAGACAGAACUUAAUUAUUUACAAUUGAAACUAAACAAACUAAGAGAGCACUGCAUUGCAUAG